AUGGAAGCCCUCCUCCUCCCUCCUUCGCCGGAACCCAAAAAUCCAAUCACCGAUCCGGCGGAUACAAAGGCGAAUCACCAGCCGGAGCAUUUCCGGGAAGAAUCCAAUGAUGAGUCGGUGAAGAAGAAGAUGAAGCUAUCGAAUUUAGAAAAGAGAAAGCUCAAGGGAAAGAAGAAAGUUAUAAUCAACAACGACGAGGCGUCUUCCUCUUGUUCAUCAUCAUCUACCUCAAACCUCAAUUCCACUCGAAGGGUUUCUCGAGUGGCUCAUAAAUUGCGAAACCCUCCGGUGCGGUUAGCUAUGGCUCGACGAAGCGUCGGAGAGCGACAAGCCGAAGCCUUGGCGCUUCCUCUGGGCAUGUCAUUUGCGGCUUUUGCCAAUCUGGUUCUUGAGAGAAAGAGUGCCUCUGGCCAGAAUGUAUAUGUUGAUGAUCUUGCAGUGAUUUCAGCUUCCGCAGUGAGAGAAUCUUUAGCCAACGUUUAUGGUAAUCAGCUUGGUUCCUUUGCGACCAACUUCGAGAGAUCAUUCAACAGUACUCUAAAGAUCCUCAAAGUGAUCAAUUCAUCUCCAUUCCCACAACAGCUUGACAAUAACAACGUUGGGAGUUAUGAUAUAGACCGUUCUACAAUAGACGGAAGCUCUGACUCAGAGCUAUCUGCAAAUGAAGCGAUUCAAGGCAAUGCAAGAACAGCCUCUCCGACGACGAACGAGAUUGUCCUGCACGAAGAGACUCGGCAACAACUCUCUGGUAUCUCUAGAAGCUCAGGAGCAAUGUCUUGGACCAUAGCCGAACGGUCUUUAGAAGAGCAAGCACGAGCGAACGACCUAAAGACGAUGGAGAUUGGUCUUACAAUGAGGAAGCUACGGUUGAAAGAGACGGGUCUAGCGCUAAGCCACGAAUCGAACAAUCUCGAGAAGUCGAAGAUAGAGAUGAAUGUCUCGAAAGCCGCAUUCAGAGCAGAGAAAUACAAAACAGAAUUAGAAGACACGACGAAAGGUGAAAUGGUUACAAAAAUCAUGGACUGGCUCGUCGUGAGUGUCUUCAACACUUUGAUUACCAUGUUGUACGGCGCUUACGUCUUCUCGCAGCAGAGGAUCAUGGAAGCUACCUCGAUAUGCGAACCGUCCGAGGAGUCGAGCUCUUCGUCUUCUUGGUGGGUUCCUAAACAAGUCUCGUCGAUCAACACAGAGUUUAACAUGUUGAUUUGCCGGCUACGAGUUUGGGUACAGAGCUUCUUCGGCGUGUUGAUGAUCCUCGUCUUCACUUACUUCAUAAUCCAACGCUCCUCAGGCGCGAAGCAGGCGAUGCCGGUUACGUUCAUCGUUCUCUUCCUCGGCGUUGUUUGCGGUUUACCUGGUAAGUUCUGCGUGGACACGUUGGGAGGUGACGGUAAACUCUGGCUGCUUCUUUGGGAGAUGUUUUGCCUUUUGCAGUUUCUUGCGAAUGUCUUCACUUUGGGUUUGUAUGGUUUGCUUUAUGGUCCGAGAAGAACCGUGUCGCAUGGGGUUGGGUCGAGCCGUUGUAAUAACGUUAUGUUUCCGUAUUGGGUGAGGCGGAGUUUCUUCUUUGUAUUGAUUUUGUUUGUACUUCCGGCGAGUAACGGUCUUUUGCCGUUUGCUGCAUUUGGUGAAUGGAAAGACCAUUUCGGUGUGGUUGUGUCUGAGCUUCUUCGUGGUGGUGGCUCGGGCUCUGAUGUUUGA